AUGGUGAGCGGAGAGAUAGGAUCCAUCCCCAAUGAUAUCAGCAAAGGUGCAGUAGGUUUCGUUCUGUCCCUGUUGGAACCAGAGCCUUCUAAACGGCCGACAAUCAGAUCAGCGAUGGAGGAGAAAUGGAUCAAUGAGGGCAGAAAACCUCUACACACACUCACACACAGGAACAGGCUGCGUCCUGAGGAUCUGAACCAAUCCGUGCUGUCCUACAUGACAGAGUCUCUGGGUUACGGUCUGAGUGAUGUCACCACCAUGCUGACCAAUAACAGGCCUUCUGCCAUCCUGGCCUCCUAUCAGCUGCUGCUCAGCAAACUGACCCGCGGAGAGAAAGGGGCCAGGGGCAUCAAGAAGCUGGACACCAGUGAAUGGAAUCUGCCCAAGAAAACCAUCUGGAGAGAGAAGAGCAGCCCUGCAGCCAGGACACAGCAAGAUACUGAGCCGGCCAAUGAGAAGGUCUCUAAGCAGUCCAGCCGGCCGCCGAGGAGCCAACCACAGUCCACAGAGGAGGAAUGUCUCAGCGACAAGAAGAGACAGGAAGACCCUCCCACAGAGACACGCCCUUCUUCCACCUCUCUCCCCCCGUGCCUCCCUUCCCCUUCCCGCACGCCUCUCGUUGAUGAAGAGCUCGCCAUCACACUGUUUCCUGAAGCCUCUGUGUUCUGUGUUCCAGUCUCCGUGUUCGGGGACAGAGAGCUGGUCCAUGUCACGCCUCCUAAAAGCUCUGCCUCCAAGCUGUGUGACUCCACCCCCCUGCCACGCCUGUUGGAACCAACCAGAGAAGGCCAGGUCCGUCCAGUCCGUCUACCGAACUCGCACUCCAAUGGGACGGAACUCGACAACAGCCACCUCCUCCGCCACGACGACGACGACGGUUGUCGCGACGACCACGUUCACCAUCAUCGCCACGGCAACAACGACCGGUUAAAGAAGCUGCAGACGUUCUACUCCUCUAUAUCUCCCAGGAUGAUCCUGGAGACUACGGAGGUCCGUCCCUCGGACGGGGAACACCUGGCGGGCGCCAUGGAAACGGCCCAAACGGCCCCUCUCCCCCAGCUACGAAAUGCUGGGCUGAAGGAGGGAGGAGGGGGAGGAAGAGGGGGGGAAGGUCACAUGGGUGGGUCACGUGGUACGGCCGCAGGGCACCACGGGACUGCUGGUCAGCGGGUCCAAACCCCCGGCUUUCCCCUCACAUAGACAGCAUGCGCUGGUCAUCAAGAGCCUUCGCCAGGAGAGGGGGAGGAGAGGAGGAGGAGGAGGAGAGAGAGGAGGAGGAGGAGGAGAGAGAGGAGAGAGAGAAGGAGGAGGUGGAAGAGGAGGAGGAGGUGAGAGAGGAGGAGGAGGAGGGAGGAGUGGAGGAGUAAAUCGUAACUCUGUUCAGCUGCGUCAGUCCUUACAGCGUCGAGUAGCUGACCUGAACCUCCCUCUGCUCCCAGCAGCCCCGCAGAGACCCUACUGACCUACUGACCUACUGACCUACUGAGACCCUAGUGACCUACUGACCUACAGAGACCCUACUGAGACCCUACUGACCUACUGACCUACUGACCUACAGAGACCCUACUGAUCUACUGACCUACUGACCUACUGAGACCCUACUGACCUACUGACCUACUGAACUACUGACCUACAGAGACCCUACUGACCUACUGACCUACAGAGACCCUACUGACCUACAGAGACCCUACUGACCUACUGACCUACUGACCUACUGAGACCCUAGUGACCUACUGACCUACUGAGACCCUACUGAGACCCCACUGACCUACUGACCUACUGAGACCCUACUGAGACCCUACUGACCUACUGACCUACUGAGACCCUACUGACCUACUGACCUACAGAGACCCCACUGACCUACAGAGACCCUACUGACCUACAGAGACCCUACUGAGACCCUACUGACCUACUGACCUACAGAGACCCCACUGACCUACUGACCUACUGACAUACUGAGACCCUACUGACCUACAGAGACCCUACUGACCUACUGACCUACAGAGACCCCACUGACCUACAGACCUACUGACCUACUGACCUACAGUUCCUACUGACCUACUGACCUACAGAGACCCUACUGAUCUACUGACCUACUGACCUACUGAGACCCUACUGACCUACUGACCUACUGACCUA